AAAAAAUUGGAAAAGAGAGCUCUUUAACAGCAAAGAAAAGAGAGAAAAAAGAGGAACAAAAUGGUACGUGUAUUGAAGAAGAAAAGAAAUUACAUGAAACUUCAAGAAUUAUAGGUCUCAAAAAAGCUCUUAACUUCUUUUGCAUCAUCAGUAAUGCGAAGAGAACAUUCAAUAUUUCAUCAAAAGAGCAACUGAUUUGCUUGCACGGAAUCAGAGCCAUCUCGGCGCUAUUGGUCGUAAUUUUUCAUUCUUCUUAUAUGAGUAACAAUGUAUUUAAGACUUCUGAGAGAUAUCAGUAUAUUAUGAAAACAAGGAUGACUCUAUUUUUUUAUAAUGGAGCUUUUGUCAUAGAUACGUUUUUUGUUCUUAGUGGGCUUUUAAAUGCGUAUUCAUUUUGUCAUCGCCACGGCAAAAGCGAAGGAAAAAUUUCAUGGAUUUCAUUUUAUGCACGCAGAUUUCUCAGGAUUUCGCCUUUAUAUUUCUUUGUUAUUGGAUUUUACUCUACGUUGUUUUCCUACCUGGGUUCAGGAGUCUUAUGGCCAACCUAUGACACGAACCCAGUGUGUAAAGAAAAUUGGAUAUGGCAUAUUUUAUACGCAAAUAACUUCCUUUCACACAUGAAAGAAUGCUUACUGUCCACUUGGUAUUUGCCGUGUGAAAUGCAAUUAUACAUAAUUAGUCCUAUUUUUCUGUUGCUAUUGAUGAGAUUUUGGGAAUAUUUUGAUAUGCUUUAUGUGAAGCCCUUUCCGAGAUUAGGUUCCUACUUGAUUGGAAUAACUCUUGGACAUUAUUUGUACCAAAGGAAAUUCAACCCAAUUAAACCCUGGAGUCAGGUAACACUUUCUUUGGGAUGGAUUAUAACUGCCCUUUUCCUGUGGAUUUCAAUAUUUGCUCUUUAUGGCAGAGAAGAAAAUGUUAUGGAAUUUGCUGUCUACAAUGGGCUGAAGCAUCUGUUAUUUUCGUGUAGUGUGGUUUGGGUUAUAUUCGUAUGUGCAACUGGGCAAGGAGGUUUCGUCAACAAAUUCCUUUCUAAUAAAGUGUUCAUUGUUAUUUCUUCUGUAUCGUUUUCAACAUAUCUUACUCAUCUCUUCAUCUUAGAGAGAUAUUAUUUGAUGUUAGAAGAACUACAAGAUUUUUCCGUGAUGCUAAUAACACCUCAUCUCGCUCUGCAGUAUCUACAGAUAUUUAUUGUUUCCGCUGUAGUAUCAACGAUUUUUGAGGCUCCUAUGUCAAGGAUUACUGAACUAUUCUUGGACAGAAGCAAACAAAAAAUAAAAUCUAUCAAGCAAAUAUAAUGAAAUAAAUGGGGAUACCUAUUAUUAUAUUAAUAUGUUUUUCA